GCUCGGAACGAUUUGCCAAAGAUAGUACUAGAGAAGCUUUGCCAUCGGAAAUGUGUAUUUGUUUAUGUUUCGCCAGUUCGCCUGCGGUUGAGGUUAUGUUAGAUACAUUCACGUGGUAUAAAAAAAAAAGCUAACGAUUUCCCUUAGGACUACAGCAUUUAACUGAAGAUGGCGAAAAGUUUGCGUAGUAAAUGGAAGAGGAAAAUGAGAGCUGUUAAGAGAGAACGGUAUGGUCAGAAGGAGCUAGCCAGACUUAAGAAUAUUUUAGGCCUUAAUGAUGGAAGCUCAGAUGCCAACAUGGAAAACAUUUCAGAAAUUGUAACAGUGGCAGAUCCUAAAUCAUUGCAAGCGGAACACCCCAGUACUUCUACAUACAGUACACCCCCAGAAGAGGAAAUGGAUCAUGAUAAGAAACGAGUGUACAAUAAGAAAACUCUCAGGGACCAAUAUGGUAACUAUCCUGUGUGGAUGAGUAGUAGAAAGAUAAAAGCAAUUGCAAGCAAAAACAAAAUAACAAAGAAACAAAAGAAGAAGGCUGCUAAGAAAAGGAAGAAGACAAAUUAACAUUAAAUAUCUAGUUGUGAUACAGUUCUAAAUGUGGCAGUUAAGUGUUUCUUGGCAACAUAUGAGCUCUGUGGAUCUAAGACAUAAGUUGAUACAUUGUAUUUUGUAAAAAUACCAUUGUAUAUUUUUUAUUUAAAUAUGUUGGAAUACAUUUAAGUUAAUGAUUUAAAACAUUUGUAAUUGUAGAGUUGUCAUAUAUUGUUAAGCAUUCCGUAAUACCCUGUUUUCAAAAGAGAAGUUCAGUCCAUCCAGGACUUCCUUCUCUAUGUUCUGGGCUUGUGAACAGAAAUGGAAUGCUGCAGCAUGUUAUAACGAUUAUUUACUUGGAGAAGCAGUUUGGCAUAUGUAGCAACCAAAGAAGUGCACAUGUUACCUGUUGUUACUGUUCCCUUAUAAGUGACACUUCUAGUUGAGACAGGUCAGGCAUGUUUGAAAAUAUAAUUUGCUGGAAGUCAGGGACUACAAUCUGCAAUUUGUGAAAUUGUCUAUGCAGCCAUGAGCUUGGCUGGUUAUUUGCAUUUCCAGUCUACCAUACUUGCAACAUCUCUGAAUGAAUCAGUAGUACAAUUAUUACACAUUUCUUAUAGAAGAACACGGAAAUGCAGUGACCAUUUAUGUGAUGAUCUUAAA